AGGUCACCCUCUGCGCGGAGCACCCCGACGACGACGGCGCGCCCAAGGCGCCCGCGGCACCGCGGCGGCUCCGCUGGCUCCGCGGCGGGGCCAGGCGGCCCUGCGUCUCGGUCCGCCAGCCGCCGCGACGCACCCCUCCCGCCAGGCAGCAGGCUGGAUGGAACGCCGAGAGUUGGGCUCUGCACGGUGACGACGGACAGCUCUACCACGGGCGCGGCAGCGGCGACGCCUUCCGGCGGAUUGGCCCAUUGCCCUGCGGGGCCCGCGUGCCAAAGAGGCGCUGGCCGAGCUUCGGCGAGGGUGCCACCGUGGGCUGCGGGGUGAUCUCGGUGCCAGCAGACACCUCCGACUCCAACGGCGAGCCAUCCGAGGAGUGGCUGGGGAUCUUCUUCGCGCUCAACGGGCAGUUCCUGGGCGUGACCUUCGUGCUGAAGCAGAGGUGCGGCUUCCCGCUCCACCCCUGCGUGGGCAUCGACGCCCACUGGUGGCUGGACUUCAAUUUCGGGGCGAGGCCC